AUGGUGACAGACGUCCCAAACAGCAACCCUGACCUCCUGGAGCAGAUACUGAAGGACAGGAGAGUUAUGAGUCUCCGUGAGGACAGGCUUUUAAAGUUGGCUGAGGAGAAACCAGCAAUGCUGGCUCCCAGAGACUCACCCACCACGGCGAUGGGCACUUUUGUAGAGGGAGUCUCUUCUUGUCCUGGGAAAGAUCUGGAUCAAAGGAAGAUGGCAGAGGCCGAAGCGGCACAGCUGAAGGAGGAAGGGAACCGGCAUUUUCAGCUCCAGGACUACAAGGCGGCCACCAAGAGCUACAGCCAGGCCCUGAAGCUGACCAAGGACAAGGCCCUGCUGGCCACACUCUACCGGAACCGGGCAGCCUGCGGUCUGAAAAUGGGAAUGCUGACUGUCUCCACUGGGCCCUCACUAAUGGAGUCUCUUGUUCCUGUUUCUCAGGAGAGCUAUGCCCAGGCAGCCUCGGAUGCUUCCAGAGCCCUUGACAUCAACUCUGCUGACAUCAAAGCACUGUAUCGGCGAUGCCAGGCACUCGAGCAUCUUGGCAAAUUGGACCAGGCAUUCAAGGAUGUGCAGCGCUGUGCUACCCUCGAGCCAAGGAACCAGAACUUCCAGGAGACACUGCGGAGGCUCAACACCAGCAUCCAGGAGCAGCUCCGUGUGCAGUUUUCUACAGACUCCAGGGUUCAGACGAUGUUUGAAAUCCUUCUCAACGAAAACAGCGAGGCUGAUAAGCGGGAGAAGGUGAGUGAUGCGUCAUUCUUGCCAGCAGAGGGAGCUCUCUACACGCGGCUCCUGUUAAAGGCGUCCUUGGCCUGGGAGGUAAGAGGGCGUCUGUGUAUUAGCCCCUGCACUGGCUUCACGGCCAGAGCCUCCUCCGUCUUCCUGACAGCCUCUUUGCUUCUUCCUCAGGCUGCCAACAACCUCAUUGUCCUGGGCCGUGAAGAAGCAGGAGCUGAGAGGAUCUUCCAGAGCAAUGGAGUGGCCCUGCUGCUGCAGCUUAUGGACACUAAAAGGCCUGAGCUGCUGCUAGCUGCCGUGCGGACCCUGUCUGGCAUGUGCAGUGGCCACAGAGCUAGGGCCACAGCCAUCCUGCACGCAGUCCGCAUAGACAGAAUCUGCAGCCUCAUGGCCCUGGAGAAUGAAGAGAUGUCCCUGGCUGUCUGCAACCUGCUCCAGGCCAUCAUUGACUCCCUGUCUGGGGAGGACAAGAGAGAGCAUCGUGGGAAGGAGGAGGCCUUGGUUCUAGAUACCAAGAAGGACCUGAAGCAGAUUACCAGCCACCUGCUGGACAUGCUGGUCAGUAAGAAGGUGUCUGGGCAGGGCAGAGACCAGGCACUGAACCUGCUCAAUAAGAACGUCCCCAGGAAGGACCUGUCCGUUCAUGACAACUCACGCACCAUCUAUGUUGUAGAUAACGGUCUGAGGAAGAUCCUGAAGGUGGUGGGGCAGGUCCCAGACCUGCCCUCGUGCCUGCCGCUGACCGACAACACCCGCAUGCUGGCCUCCAUCCUCAUCAACAAGCUCUACGAUGACCUGCGCUGUGACCCAGAGCGCGACCACUUCCGCAAGAUCUGCGAGGAGUACAUCACGAGCAAGUUCGACCCCCAGGACAUGGACAAGAAUGUGAAUGCCAUCCAGACAGUGUCGGGCAUCUUGCAGGGGCCCUUUGACCUGGGCAAUCAGCUGCUGGGCAUGAAAGGCGUGAUGGAGAUGAUGGUGGCUCUGUGUGGCUCGGAGCGCGAGGCGGACCAGCUGGUGGCUGUGGAGGCUCUCAUCCACGCCUCCACGAAGCUCAGCAGGGCCACCUUCAUCAUCACCAACGGCGUGACGCUCCUCAAGCAGAUCUACAAGACCACAAAGAAUGAGAAGAUCAAGAUCCGCACGCUGGUGGGGCUCUGUAAGCUUGGCUCCGCUGGGGGCUCCGACUACGGCCUCAGGCAGUUUGCUGAAGGGUCGACAGAGAAGCUAGCCAAGCAGUGUCGAAAGUGGCUGUGUAACACCGCCAUAGACACUCGGACACGGCGCUGGGCAGUGGAGGGCCUGGCCUACCUCACGCUGGACGCUGAUGUGAAGGAUGACUUUGUCCAGGACAUCCCUGCUCUGCAGGCCAUGUUCGAGUUGGCCAAGGCCCAGACCAGUGACAAGACCAUCCUGUACUCAGUGGCCAACACCCUGGUGAACUGCACCAACAGCUAUGAUGUCAAGGAGGUCGUCCCUGAGCUGGUGCAGCUGGCCAAGUUCUCCAAGCAACACGUGCCAGAGGAGCACCCCAAGGACAAGAAGGACUUCGUAGACUUGCGAGUGAAACGGCUCCUGAAGGCAGGCGUCAUAUCCGCACUGGCCUGCAUGGUGAAGGCAGACAGUGCUAUCCUCACAGACCAGUCCAAGGAGCUGCUGGCCAGGGUGUUCCUGGCACUCUGUGACAACCCAAAGGACCGGGGCACCAUUGUAGCUCAAGGUGGUGGCAAGGCCCUGAUCCCCCUGGCUUUGGAGGGCACGGAUGUGGGCAAGGUGAAGGCAGCCCAUGGGCUAGCCAAGAUUGCGGCUGUCUCCAAUCCGGACAUCGCCUUCCCCGGGGAGCGGGUGUAUGAGGUGGUGCGGCCCCUUGUGAGUCUCCUAGACACACAGAGGGAUGGGCUUCAGAACUAUGAGGCUCUCCUAGGACUCACUAACCUGUCUGGGCGCAGUGACAAACUCAGGCAGAAGAUCUUCAAGGAGAAGGCCUUGCCAGACAUUGAGAACUACAUGUUUGAGAACCAUGACCAGCUACGGCAGGCAGCCACCGAAUGCAUGUGCAACAUGGUACUCAAUAAGGAGGUUCAGGAGAGGUUCCUGGCGGAUGGGAAUGACCGUCUUAAGCUGGUGGUGUUGCUCUGUGGGGAGGAUGACCACAAACUGCAGAACGCAGCAGCUGGAGCUCUGGCCAUGCUGACCGCAGCACAUAAGAAACUGUGCCUCAAGAUGACGGAGGUGACAACCCAGUGGCUGGAGAUCCUACAACGGCUUUGCCUGCAUGACCAGUUGUCAGUGCAGCACCGGGGCCUGGUCAUUGCCUACAACCUGCUAUCAGCGGAUGCUGAGCUGGCGAGAAAGCUGGUGGAGAGCGAGCUGCUGGAGAUCCUGACUGUGGUGGGGAAGCAGGAACCAGAUGAGAAGAGAGCAGCUGUGGUCCAGACUGCCCGGGAGUGUCUUAUCAAGUGCAUGGAUUACGGCUUCAUCAAGCCGGUGUCAUAGAGAGUGGUCCACAGGGAGGCUGGGGUUGGUCCUGAACUGUGAAGAGUCAUGAUCUGGGUCCUCCCAAAGUGUCAGUUCAGCUAAGGCUCACAGCAGUGCCAGUGAUGUCUCAAUACAAAGGAGAGACUUGGUUGUCUCCUGACUUGUGAUUCUUCCUCUUGGUCCUGGGAAAGUUUGAGCGUUCCUAAAUUUGUCAUAUUCCAGAAAUUUCUAGGGUAAGUUUUCUUUGUGAUCAGAAAGCAAGGCGGACAGUUCUGUCUAUCUCUGUUCUGCAGGCCAGAUAACAGGCUGUAGAAUGAUAUUUUGUUUGUUUUGUAUUUAAAAAAAUACUGUGUACUGGAAAGGAAGGAACUAACAGGUGUGUGACCAUAAAGAUCAAUGCUGUUGUUCAAUUUGGAUGUUGAUUUGGUUGAUUUUCAUGACCUUUCUCCUGCACACUGACUAUGCAUCUCAUCUGCAUGUGCCCUGUCCAAGCCCCAUGCCCACCCACCUCUGUCACCUGAUUUCAAUGGUAACACAGUUUAUGCUCACAGUGGGACAUGGUUCAUUUCAGAAAGUCUUUCAUGCAAGAUGCAUAUGGCAACUACUAAUGAGAUCAACUCAAAGUCUCCUGAGCAAAACAUAAAGAUUAUUGAAUAUAUGUUAGUCACCCACAGAGAGGUCUGACCUGCUAGACCCGCUCAGUUCAGUGUCAUUGCCACUUUUAUUUUAUGUCUGUGUGUUUUUCUUCCUCUUAAUUUCAUAUCUGCUCUCUGCAUUCCUUCACGUUGACCUUAUUUUGUGGUGCGCUCUCGGCAUGUGCUAGUAAGAGCAGACACUAGCAGCUCUGGACUUACAUAAUUGUUAUGGUUCCUUACGGAAGAGAAGAGGAAGGACUAGUAGCCUCGCAGAUCCCCACAGACAGGUUGA